CUUGGACAAAAAGUCAAUUUUAAAGAAAGUUGGACAAAAAUUCUGGAUUCAUUUUUUAUUGUCGGACAAAAAGAAUGAAAAUACAAAGUAUUCUAUAAAAUUUUCAUUUAUAAGCAGUGGUUCAAUUGGGGGAGGGCAGCCUUCCACUUUUUAUAAUUCACAUUUUCCAUCCCUCUCUUCUAUUUGUACGACUGUUUAAGCCAUGUAUGAGAACUAUAUCAAUUAUGAAAGGCUUCCCUUCAUCCCUCCACUUAUUUUGAGCCACUUUGGUUAUUGCUUAUAAUUAAGUACUUUAUUAUAAUAGGUAUAGGUAUAUACUAUGUCUAUAUACAGUGUGUCCCGUUUUAAAUGUACCACUAAAUAUCUCAGCCCGAUAAUCUUAGAUUGAAAUACGGUUUACUGCAAUAGCUAAGGGGUACUGAAGUACACAUUUAAGGACAAAUUUCAAAUUUUUAACUCUUGUAGUAUGCGCAUGCGCAAUACAAAUUUUUUUUUUUUAAAUUGCAACACCUAUUUUUCUCACCGGAUAUGGAUAGAUUAUUUUAUUCUAAGUAAUUUUGAUCCAUUGACCAUAGUUCUAAACCUAAAAUUGAAUGUGUUACAGCUUUUUGAAAUUUUAAAAUAAUUAAAUUUUUUCGAUUUUACCAAAAACAUUACACGCUUGAAUUUGAUACAAAAGUAAAUCAUUUUUGAACUAAAAUGAAAUGCAUUUAAAUAAUUGAAUACAAAAUCACCUAAAACAAAAUGCCUAGCUAAUUUAAAUUUAAUUAAUUUAAAAAUAAAUGUACCAAUUAAAUUGACACUGACGUUGUAAUUUGCGUUAUUAUUGUGCGAUAAAAGUUAUUGAAUUAUUUCCAGUUUUAUUAUUAGUACUUCGAUAAUAUUAUUGUAGAUAUUGUUUGAUUAUCAAAAAUGAACUAAUGCACGUUCCCUCAGUAUUGUACGUUCAUCGAUGACACUUAUAACUUUUAACAUAAUACUUUGAAAGAUUUUUCUUUUUUUCUUCUUUAAAAUGUUAAACAAUAGUGAAAAAGUUGAUAUGAUUUUAAUUUAUGGUGAGUGUAAUAAACAUUGUCGGGAGGCUGCAAGGGUUUAUGCAAAUCGAUAUCCCGAAAGAUAUCAUCCACCGCAUAAUUUUUUUUUAAGAUUAGUUAAUAAUUUACGAACUUACGGGACUUUUUCGAUAAGAGAUGCACAGAGACAACCACUACGCAAUAUGGAACCAAAUGAUGAUCAGGAAAAUGAAGUAAUUGCGUACAUUCAAUUAAAUCCUCACUCAUCUUUAAGACAUGUUGCUAGAGAAUUUGGCUUUUCAAAAACAAAGGAUGGAGCACCCGCUCAUAAUGCCAUUAUUGUAAGACAACAAUUAAAUGAAAUGUUUGGAAAUCGAUGGAUGGGAACUCACGGGCCAGUGGAAUGGCCCCCACGGUCACCUGAUCUAACACCAUUAGACUUUUUUUUAUGGGGCCAUUUAAAGACUGUUAUUUAUGCAGAUCCACCAGCAAACUUACAGGAUUUAAAAAAUAAAAUAACGGUAGCGUGCAGACAAUUAACAAAAGAACAAAUUUUGGCAGCACCCUAUAGAGAAGUGAGUCGUCGACUGGAAUUGUGUUUAGAAAAAAAUGGAGGAAAUUUUGAACAUUUUAUUAGAUAAAAAAAAUAAACAUAAGUCAAAUCAAUGUAACGGAGUAAUUUUAAUUUAAUUCCUACUUCACAUUCUUAAUUAAAAUCUAUGAAAAAAUCACUCAAUUCAAGCGUGUAAUGUUUUUGGUAAAAUCGAAAAAAUUUAAUUAUUUUAAAAUUUCAAAAAGCUGUAACACAUUCAAUUUUAGGUUUAGAACUAUGGUCAAUGGAUCAAAAUUACUUAGAAUAAAAUAAUCUAUCCAUAUCCGGUGAGAAAAAUAGGUGUUGCAAUUUAAAAAAAAAAAAUUUGUAUUGCGCAUGCGCAUACUACAAGAGUUAAAAAUUUGAAAUUUAUCCUUAAAUGUGUACUUCAGUACCCCUUAGCUAUUGCAGCAAACCGUAUUUCAAUCUAAGAUUAUCGGGCUGAGAUAUUUAGUGGUACAUUUAAAACGGGACACACUGUAUAGUAAUAAAUAAUUAAUAUUCAUUUAAAAAAUGUAAUUAAUUUUAAUAUUCUGAUAAUUUAUUUAUUAAUUUUAAUUUGGUAUAGUUGUGGACCAUUAGGUAAGCAAAUAGUAAAUACAUACAAAUAAAUAUUAAUAAUGAAUCAACAAAAGAAUAAUUUUUUAAAUUGCAUAUCUACCUGUUAUAGCUGAAGUGAAACUUUUUACAAACAUUUCUUUGAAAAACUUGAAAAUCAUCCUAACCCACUAAUAAAAGGCCUACAUACUUUCUCACUCCCUGGAAACCCAUAGCAAAGACUUAAAAGAAAAUGGUGUCGUGAUUAUUUUAAUUAAAUAUUCCCCCUUAAUUACCCUAAACAAAUCACAAGGUAAGUGCCGCUAAUGGGUGGCUUCUUAUUCAAAAAAUCCAUGUUUUUUAAUCCUAAUGCUAUACGCUUAUUGUAUAAAAUUGUAUAGAUUGUGUAUGUGCUCUUGUAGAAAUAAAAAAAAAUAAAAAAAUUGCAUAUAAUGUCAUUGUGAAAAUGUUAUUUGUAUUAAAUUAUUAUUAUUGUACACAAAACUUAAUACUGAUUGAAAAAAUCUUUCUGGUAUAAUUAAUCCGAUUGCAUUGAACUUAAUACAUUGAAUUCAGUUCAGUGUCAACUGGCUAGGGAAGGGGACAAUAUGCAUAACUAUAUUAUAGUAUAUUAUAAAUUGAUACUAUUUCCCAGAAAGAAAAGGUAUUUUUGAUUAAUUUAAUAAAUUUCUUCUUAGUUAAAUUGUUUCUUGUCUAUAAAAUAAUUUUCAUUGGGUAGGUAUGUCAACAUGUUUCUUUAAUAAAUGUAUUAUUUUUGGAUAUGAGAAAACUGGAAACACACAAAUCCCCAUAGAAUUUAGUGAAUUUACUUUUUGGCACAAAACUUCCUAUAGUUACGCAAUUCAAUUGCUUGAAAUUAUUUUGUAUUUUUAAACAUAAAAUCAAAAAUAAAUAUAUUUAAAACUUCACAAGUAUGUAAAUAAAAAAUAAAUAUGUAUUUAUUCAUCGUAACAUAAUCCAGAAAUUCUCAGGAAUUAAGUUCCAUAUUGUGACCGUUUGUCCGUAGGUAGACGAUAUCUGAAAAUUCGACAAGUAGGUAAUUGUACAGAUGAAUGUAGAUGAAAUUUAUUGUUUCGUUUUUCACUUUUACGUACGAUUGUUUCUAGUGGCAUUGGCUAUAAUCUAAGAACCUAUCAAGAGGAUACCUACUUCGAAACAAAUGUACAACUGCCUCCUCGUAAUGCCACGCCAUAGGCUUUAAGGAUCAAAAUAGGUCUAUACUAGGUACUAUAACCCAUACUAGGUAUAUAGUCGAGAUUAUUGGUUUUUAUUUCAGCGAAUUAAGAGCUGACGCAACCAGAACUCCAUGGGCUAACCAGUAACCGGCUGAGUCUAUUGUCUAAGUGGGUAACUAUCUGGUAAAUUCGUGUUAAGUGUAAAGCUCAAAAAAAAUAGAACGCAAUCAUAUUAAACUAGCCUGGCUUGACACGCUAGCUUAUUAGAAAAUUCCCUAGCUUGCAAGCUUAAAAACAAAGCUAGUUCUGUUUACACAAAGCUAUUAUUACUAGCUUUCUGGCUUACUAGCACGGAUAUAGAUGCUACUAGUAUUAUAGUAUUACCUUGCUAUCCUAGUUUAUUUAUUCCUAGCUUGAAAAACUAGCCUCGCGUAUUCCGGGCAUAAACGACAUGGAAUAACUAUACCACAGGGCACAGUGCAACCACGAUAGUAGUAAAAUUUAUUGACAUGCUCUUCGUUCAGUCUCUCUUAUCUCUCUGUGAUCCUUGUGAUAUUUAUUAUUUACCAGUUACCUCCGUUGGCACGGGCUGAGAUAAUAUUAUUGUCUAUAGUAUACGCUAUAGUGCUAUACAGUAGUUGAUUAUGAAUUACUAUUUGGACGAUUUCGUUUUGGUACUUAAAAGAAUAAUAUUAAGUAAUGUUGAGGAAGUUUCUUGCAAUUUUAUAACUUGUGUUUAAAUAUUUAAUCAAAAUACUUUGAAUCUUCACUUUAUAGAAAGUACCCAUGAUUUAAUAUUAAUAUUUGCGGUUUUCUUAAAGUUCAUUGAAUUAGGAGUGCAUUAAACAUAAUCAUAAGAAAUCAUUCAGUUG